AUGGCUGCCCCAGAGAUCCCCAAGACUCAGAAGGCUGCAGUCUAUGACCAGCCUGGAACCGUGUCCACUAAAAUUGUCGACAUCGAAGUGCCAGAGCCAGGUGCAGGCGAGGUUCUUAUCAAUCUGACUCACUCAGGCGUGUGCCACUCCGACUAUGGAAUCAUGACCAACACAUGGGACAUGCUCCCAUUUCCAACCCAGCCUGGUCAAGUAGGAGGACAUGAAGGCGUAGGAAAGAUUGUCAAGCUCGGCGCAGGCACAGAAAGUUCCGGCUUGAAGAUCGGCGACCGAGUCGGCAUCAAAUGGGUCUCCAGUGCCUGUGGAAGCUGCCAACCUUGCCAAGCCGGGUCUGACGGUCUAUGCUUCAACCAAAAAGUAUCAGGCUAUUACACCCCCGGCACAUUCCAACAAUACGCCGUCGGCCCAGCCAACUACGUAACUCCGAUCCCAGAUGGCCUCGACUCCGCCGAAGCCGCUCCAAUGCUCUGUGCCGGUGUAACCGUCUACUCAGCCCUGAAGCGCAGCAACGCCCGCCCGGGCCAGUGGGUAAUCAUCUCCGGCGCCGGCGGCGGCCUAGGCCACAUCGCAGUACAACUCGCCAGCAAAGGCAUGGGUCUGCGCGUAAUUGGAAUCGACCAUGGCAGCAAAGCUGAGCUCGUGAAAGCUUCCGGCGCUGAACAUUUCGUCGACAUUACGCAGUUCCCUUCCGACGACAAGGGCGAGGCUCUAACUAAACAUGUCCACGAACUGGCGGAUGGGCUCGGUGCGCACGCUGCAGUGGUCUGUACAGCUGCAAAUGCGGCGUAUGCGCAGGCGUUACCGUUGUUGAGGUUUAAAGGGACGCUAGUUUGUGUGGGCAUUCCGGAGAAUGAGCCCAAGGCUAUUGGGUCGGCGUUCCCUUCUUCGUUUAUUAAUAAGCACUUGACUGUUACGGGGUCGGCGGUGGGGAAUCGUACGGAGGCUAUUGAGACGUUGAAGUUUGCUGAGAGGGGGAUUAUUAAGGCUCAUUAUAGGACUGAGAAGAUGGAUAAGCUGACUGAGGUGUUUAAGGAGAUGGGAGAGGGGAAGUUGCAGGGUCGUGUGGUGUUGGAUUUGUCGGGUUGA